CGAAGGUGUCUGAUAGACAUCGAAACGUAAGCUAUGUAAGUACCCACUGGUUGUGUACAAAGAAUUCUCCUUCAUCCUAUAUUCUACCAACCUGAUGAAACUAUUUUCGGAAGUAAGACAAGUAUGUGGACAGACAACGGUCAAGAAAAUUCGUGAACUGGAGUCCCAACAGAAGAAAUUAGCGCGGCAUCGCAACCAUUUAGUUUACAAUCUCCGAUGCAAGGACGAGAGCAUCACCCCUCCCAGCCUUCGACUGAAGACAGGCAUACGCACAAGAAACGCCAAGGACAUUAUACAUAAGGCAGAAAAGGCGCUAGUACGGGAAAGGAUACGGGUAGUCAACAACAAAAUUUUGAACAUCAAGGAAAAGCAACAACGGAUUUCGGAAGAGCUAGAAGCGGAACUUCCAGAAAAUCUACAGGAAGCCGUGCGUUUGCAUGUGAUCAAAUCCGGGGAACGAGAAUUCCAAGUGACGCGGAGCCGCCAUCUUGGAAAGUUCGAGCGCUUACAACAAGCCAACUUACAACAACAACAAGCUUCCGAUAUCGAUUUGUCCGGCACACAGCUGAAGAAAUGGGUGGUGAAUAUCUCCGGGAAGUCUCUGAGUGACAGCCAGACGAAGGUGCUGCAGAAGGGACUGAACUUUGCGGUGACGCCCGACAAGCUCCCCGUAGAAGACUUUGUAGUGGCGACGGAGAGUGCGUGUGCGGGCUUGCCUCUGAGCAGCGCGGAGCAGUUGAGGUCCGAAGUCGCAGGCAUCCUCAAAACAGCGAAACCCCCGAAGAAUAACAUCACCAAGCAAGAAAGAGACGCCUUGAAAGAGCUGAGAAAGGACAAGGACUUACUCGUUCUUCCGGCGGACAAGGGAAAGGCGACGGUUGUUAUGGACAAAUCAGAUUACGAGAAGAAGAGACUCUCAACAUCAUACAGAGAAGACUAGAAGAGGAUAGGGAUCUGAAGAGUCGGACGAACUUAGAGGUAGAUGACAUCAUUGAGCUGCUUUCCUUCAUCGUCACGACCACGUACUUCACCUUCAGGGGUAACAUCUACCAGCAGAAAUUUGGGACAGCAAUGGGGAGCCCGGUAU